UCAUCGCUAAAUUAUUGGGGAGGUGAUCCGAACCAAAAUAAAAACAUAAUCCAGGAUGCCGCUCAAAUCCGAGGAUAUUCACGAAAAAAUCAAGAAUGGCGUCUACAAACUGGCCGUGAAUGACAAAAGCACUCGCAGCACUGUGUGGCGGGUGUAUCGCAAGAUCCAGAAGGACGACGGCAGUUUCCUGGAGAACGUUCUAUACUGCAUUGGCUGCAAGGGCAUUAUGUCCUUCACCCACAAGUCCACGACGAACCUGAGGCGCCACCGGUGCCACCUGCAGUAUCUCAAGAAGGAGGCCUUCUACGGCUACAAUUCUGGAAGCGAAUCCACCGACAGGAAGGAGGAGCCGGAUGCCAGUGAGGAGCAGGAGGACCAGCAGUCCAUGUCGGAUGAUAUCGAAAUGAAGCCCAAUGUCGCCGAUGUUGCCGCCUUUGGCGGGGACUCUACCCUAGUUCCAGCUCCAGCCAAACUGCCGGACAUUUCCGAUAUCCCGCUCGAUGUCAGCGGGGCCGAGGAGUCUAAUAUCUACGCACAGACCUGGAGUCUAGAAUACCGCAAACUCACCGAGGACCAGAAGUUCUACGCCAAAAAAGCUAUAGACGAAAUCCUCGUCCUGGGCAGACUUCGUCGUCUGACAUUGAACACGGUGCCAACGGCGGAGCAGAAAAAUUAGGCAGGAUCUUCGUUUAAGCUAAUCUUAUAUACUUUGUACAUACUGUAUUUAUUAGUGUAUCCCAAGGUCUCGGAUAUAAAACAAUACAAUUUUUAAAAUCA